UAUGUAUGACUUCACAUUUUACAUACUCCUAAAACCCUCUCUCCUCUUUCACAGUCACAGUCACAGUCACACACACCAACCAAGAGAAUAAUAACAAAUAAAAUAAAACAAAUUCUUUUUUUUAUGCUGUCAAACAUUUUGAUCAAAUGAGCCAUCAUGAAACAGAAGAAAAAAAUAUUUAUAAAAUAAGAAUAAUAGCAUCAUAAACAACCUGUUCCAACUAUGUUCCUGUUUUCAUUCAUUUCAUUUCAUUUUGCUAUGAAGUAAAGAAAAAUUGUUUACUAUUUUACUUUUUAGAAGAAGAAAAAAUGAGUGUAUCUUUGACUGUUAUGACCUUCAAUCUUCAUGAUGAUGAGCCACAAGAUAGUCCUAAUUCAUGGGAGAAAAGAAGAGACAUAUGCAUAAGUGUUAUUACAAGUUACUCCCCAAUCAUCCUCUGUACCCAACAAGGAGUGAAAACCCAAUUGGAUUUUCUUCAGCAGGGUUUGCCAGGUUAUGAUCAGUUUGGCGUAUCACGAAAAGGGCCACAAGAUACUACUGAUGAGCAUUGCACUAUCUUCUAUGAUAAGGAAAAGGUAGAGCUUCUAGAAGGUGGAACAUUUUGGUUGUCAGAAUCUCCCUCGGUACCUGGAAGCAUUUCAUGGGGUUCCGAAGUUCCUUGCAUUGCAACAUGGGCUACAUUUCAACUUAAAGGAGUUGAGCCGCCAGGAUUCUCAUUUCAAAUAGUAAACACAAACAUGGAUCAGUUCAGUCCCCGUGCCCGUAGACGAAGUGCUUUACUCACAUGGCAGCACAUUGCAUCCUUACCUCCUAGCCUCCCAGUUGUGUACUGUGGAGGAUUCAAUACACAAAAGGAAUCAACUACUGGACGUUUCCUUCUCGGUAGAUCGAGAGAGCAUGGUGUAGUUGGUGAUAUGAGAGAUGCAUGGCCUAGUGCUCGUGUGAGGAAAAAUGUUUCCUUAAUCCGCACUUAUCAUGGAUUCAAGGGUGACAAACAAGGAACCGUUGAAUACCUUAAGUUAAUUUUCAGAGCGCUAUGCCUCUGCUGGGAUCGACAAACACAAGAUCUUCACGUUGAUUGGAUACUUUUCAGAGGUAGAUCUCUGAUUCCUGUUUCAUGUGAAGUGGUGAAUGAUAAUAUUGAUGGAUGUUAUCCAUCAUCUCAUUUUCCUAUAUUUGCCGAGUUUAUGCUCCCUCGCACUGUAAGAAUGGUAGAAUCACCAGUACAAGAGGAUAGCUAAAUUACCAUGUCUUGCUAUAUCUGAGUUCCUUAGCUGUAUCAAUUAUGAAUUCCUUUCUUCCUUCCUUACUCUAAAUAUUUCUUUAUUAUCUUCUAGAUUUUAUGUAUUUCUCUAUCUUUUGUCUUA